GCCUUAUCCCUCCGAUCGCUGUCGGAUUAUUCGAGAGCAACAGAUGGAGGCCGGCCUGCGCGCGCUAGGCCACCGCUACUUCGGCGGCGGCGGCGGUGGCCUCGGUGGGUUCGCGGCCGCGCGUGCCACCCGGCUCCGGCGCCAGCGCCAGCGCCGCAUGGCCGCCUUCUGCUCCCUCGCUGUUAAUGGAGAUGGGAAUGGCGCCGCGGGUGGCCCCGUGGGGAGCGGCGUCGAGGUGGCGCGCGCCAGGAGGAUGCUCCAUGUCGUGCUCGUCUCGCCGCUGAUACCAGGAAAUACAGGGUCCAUUGCAAGGACAUGUGCAGCAUCUGCAGUUGGCCUGCAUCUUGUCGGGCCAUUAGGCUAUAAGGUAGACGACACGAAGUUGAAGCGCGCGGGAUUGGAUUAUUGGCCAUACGUUGUUGUCAAGAUUCAUGACUCUUGGGACCACUUCUGUGAUUAUUUCAUGAAACAGGAAGGAGAUAAAAGGCUGUUGGCGUUCACCAAAAGAGGCACACACAUCCAUUCAGAUUUCUCCUACAGGCCAGGGGACUGGCUAGUCUUCGGUUCCGAAACAAAAGGGUUGCCUCAGCAAGCCCUCGAGGAUUGCUGCAGAGAAGGCCUAGGCGGCGGGACCCUCCGGAUUCCCAUGGUGGAGACCUACGUCCGGUGCCUGAACCUCUCCGUCAGCGUCGGAGUCGCGCUGUACGAAGCCGCUAGACAGCUGAACUAUGAACAGCUUCAGUACCAGCCUGAUGAGCUCCCAGAGGAGGCGCAGGAGCUUUUCCCGGCAGAGGACAUUUAUGCGUGAAAACCUCUGCCCGAGAACAAUUACACGUUACACGCAUUGAUCACCUCAUUUUUGUGUGUGUGUGUGUGUACUGUUUGCCGUGACACAUGAUUGAGCUGGAGGGACCACGCACUGCACGAUUCUGUUGCGAAUUCAAUUCCAGGCCGAGUCCUUGUCCAGACGGUGUUGACAUGCUCAUUCAAAAUGGUGUACCUGAUCUGCUUGGAAGAAUCGUUUUAGUGCCAUGUAUAAUUUCGCAGUCAGAACUCAGAAGGUGAUUAGAGUAUGCUGCGAUGGGGUCUCGUUCUGACUUCUUUUUUGUGUGUGUACUGGUUACUGAACCAUAAGCUUUGUUAACUGCAACUGGACGCUGCGUCCUGUUGCUUCUCUGUCA